UGUAAUUUCCAAGUUGUUCCUAAUAUUGCUGUGGCUAUGUAUACUCAAGGGGUUGUUACCAUGCUUAGCCACCAACGGAUGCAUCUGUGGAGGUAUCACAGUGCCCCCACAUGAACCGGGUUUAAUAAACCACCUGCGGUAUUUACUGCUCGUCGUCAUACCAUAUCAAAGUAAUAAUGGAUAACUCACCUUACCUCACCGAGGGGACAGAAGUCUCUGCAAAGUUCAAGGGGGCAUUUUGUGAAGCAAAGAUAACGGAAGUUGAUCGAGUCGUGAAAUUCAAGGUUUUGUUCAAAUCCGGAUUAGUGGCUACCGUCAAUUCGGACGAGGUGAGAGGAACAUGGCGAGUCGGCGCAACGGUGGAGGCAAAACAUUUCGUCACCGGAUUCUACAGUGAGGCAACCAUCUCCAAAAUUCAAGAUUGUUCUCAAUAUACGGUCGUCUUUGAUGAUGGUGAUGUGAAGACAUUGGGACGCUCAGGAAUUAUUGUAAAAUCGAGUCGUCAAUUUAAUGAUAAUGAGACAAGGGGCCAAAGUAGCAAGAUUGUUUUAAGAAAGAAUGUUCUUCACAAAAACGACCCCUCCGACCAAGAAGUUUCCAAAUCAAGACGACCACUUGGAACUAUCACAAACCAUACCCCACCACCCAAGAUCCGCAAACAAAGUCGCCUACCAUCGUCUCAAUUAGAUGCUGUUGAUGCUGUUUCUGUUGCUGCUGCUGUUACUCAACAACAAAUAGUGUCACGAAUCAGACAUGUGACCGAAGCGGAACUGCGUGACGUGAAUGAACCUCACUAUCAAGUACUACUUGACAUUGGUUCAUUGCCUAAUCGGAUUGCACGCCAAGAUAUAGCCACAAAACUGCAAGAAGCCGGGUCAGACGUGUCGGUUGACAAAAUAGUGUGGAAACUUUGUGAGAAACCAGGGUCACCUCGACGUUUAACAUCUCACUAUGUUAUGGAUAAUGGUGUUAAUUCAGAUAAGCCCCACUUGAUAAACUAUGCUCAUGCUGAAAGUUUUGUGAAAAGACAUCGAAAAGCAAAUUUGUCCGGAAAGCACAAAUUAGAACAGGAAUUACGAAGAGAGGACCCUAUGGUAUACGCAGCAGAAUUACGUCAACAACGUGAAAAAUAUAACGAAGACCCAAACGUUAACCAAAAAAAUUUAGAGUAUCGCCGCAGCAUGUUGCAGAACGUGUUUUAUCUUUUCGUUUGUAUUGAUGAGCGAAUGAUUGUCGGCAAAUCGGAACAAGAAGUGUGGGAAUUACUCUCCGAACAAUCCUCCACUAUAAAAGAAAAAGAAUGGUAUUUCGGAAACCAUUCCGCAUCAGGUCCACCUAGAGCACGCAUCCACCCCAUAGACCGACCUUCACCCGUACGUGACACCUACAUCAACAACCGGCGCAUAUUCGAAUGCAUAGCUCUACCCAUGAAGGACAAAGAUGAGGCUGAGUUGGUCGAGAGUUACUAUAUUCACAUGUUGUUCGGUAUGGCAGACAGCUCAUCAGACGUAAUAGUUUUAAACCAAGACUACGGGAUAAGGAUCCACAAGGAUUUGGCAAGGAAGGCGUAUGAUUUAGGCGAGGCCGGACCUUUCAUCAUAUUCGACAACGACGCACCCAACCCGGUGAAUUACUUCACACCUCCAUUUGUGUGUCAUAGUGGAGACUUUAAGGAGCGAACCGAAUGGUUUGAAAAGGUUGAGAGACCAUAACUUAUAUUUUGUGUUAUCAACUAUUACAAAAUAUAAUAAAACCACUGUUACUUAUA